AUGCAAAAAUCUCAGUCAGAAGAGCUCAAAUACCCUCAUACUUCACAGCCAAUCGUCAAGAUGAAGCUCGCUACCUCUGUCAUCCUCCCUCUUCUUCCUGCGCUCUCAUCGGCAGCAGUGAUUCGUCGUCAGAAUGGCGAUGGACCACAAGGAGGCACAGACUCCACUCAGGGCGAUCUCGGUGCACGACCUCUUCCACGAUUCCCUUUCCCGGUUACCAAGUUCCCGGUACCGACCGAGACGGUCGUCCUCAACGAGACCAUGUACAUACAGCCCGGCCAGGUCUUCGAUGGGCAGAUGAAGCGUUAUGAGCGCGUGGAAGGCUCGUGCAACGAACAGGCGGAAGGAACAGAUGCCGAUGCUGUCUUCAAUCUUCUACCUGGUGCCACAAUUAGGAAUGUGGUCAUUGGAAAGCACCAAAGCGAGGGCAUCCACGCGCUAGGCGAUGCAUGGGUCGAGAAUGUCUGGUGGGAGGACGUGUGCGAAGAUGCCCUUACUUCCAAGGGCCUCAACACCCAGCUUCGCGUUAUCGGAGGCGGUGCUCGGUCCGCAACCGACAAGAUCUUCCAGGACAACUCGCUAGGCGGAAAGUUCAACAUCACUGGAUUCUACGCCGAGACUUUCGGCACCUUCUACCAGUCGUGCGGCAACUGCUUGAACCAGGCGAAGCGCAACGUCACCAUCCAGAACGUCAUUGCCAUCAAUGGCACCAGAAUGGGCAUAAUUUCACCCAACUACGGUGACGAGUACCGCAUCAAGAACGCGCAGGUUGUAGACGUCGAGCGCUGGGUCGACAAGGAGAUCGGGAACAACGUUCAGACCGUCCCAUACACUGUUGGAACAGGCCCAGAUGAGAAGUACGCGCUGUACAACUUGACACGCGACCACCUUACCGACUUCGAGGGCGAGAUUCUGAACCAGUAUGUUCCGGAGAACCCGUACGAGUGGCUGGAGGAGUUCUGGCCGGAGGGUACCGGUGCCGCGAGGAAGUAG